GUUUUGCUGCGGUCACGGAUCAACUGGCUCGAGUGAUCCGAUAUCUUUUGUUUUGUCCUUUGCGAAACGAGGUUUACAAAUAUUAUUUUUGGGCUAAAACCACGGGAGGAGCGAAGUUAUAGCAGUGGGACACGAGUAUUUCCAGGAAUUUUGUUGGGUUAUGUUGGAAGAUGAGGAGAUUAUGGCGAUUGAGUUUCUUCUUUGGCCGACGAGAAGUGCAGGCUGAGGGGCGAUGGGCGCGGGGCGGUGGAGUGGAGUCACUUACCCGGGAGUGAGUGCAGAAAUCCCGAGGAGUUGGUUGAUUGGUACUGAGUAAAUCGUAAAUUGGGGAAUGCUCGGGGGACGACGCACAAUUGCAGGCAACGACUGCGGUGACGGAGUGGCACGAAGUUGAGCGACUAUUGCCGAGGGGCGAUCGGAACAUGCGUGAAUGUCAACAACACUUGGGAGUUCAGUCGGAUGGUAGAGCGACUACCCCUGUGAAUUUAUUAACCUCUUGUUUGAUUUGAAAUUGGAGAAUAUUCCAGAAUUCCAAUGAGUUUUUAUAAAUGACGAUAACACUCGCAUGAAUAGAUGCAUAAUUGAAUAAGUUGGGAGGAAAAUAUGAGUUUACCCACAUUGAAUGAUUACGUGAUUCUCGAGAAAAUUGGGACUGGAAGCUAUGCCACUGUUCACAGGGCAGUUAAAAAGGGAGGCAAUCGCGAGGUGGUCGCGAUCAAAUGUGUAGAUAGCACGACCCUUUCAAAAUCAGCGAUCGAUAAUCUUCUGACGGAGAUAAACUUGCUGAAGAUUUUGAAACACGAGAAUAUCGUGAGCAUGAAAGACUUUUUCUGGCAUGAAGGUCGUAUCUAUAUUGUAAUGGAGUACUGCGACGGUGGUGAUUUAUCAAGCUUUAUUAAGCGAAAAAGUCAAUUACCAGAAACAGUUUGCCGCAAAUUUCUCCAACAGCUCGCCCUCGCAUUGAGAUAUCUACGAUCUCAUAACGUCUGUCAUAUGGACUUGAAACCACAAAAUUUGUUAUUGACCAGGAAACCCGUCUUGACGUUAAAAGUCGGAGAUUUCGGUUUCGCUCAAUAUCUGUCCACCUCAGAAUCGAAAUUCGCGAUACGCGGAUCUCCGCUCUACAUGGCACCGGAGAUACUUCUGCGUCAUGAAUACGAUGCACGCGUGGAUCUUUGGAGCGUGGGGGUGAUAAUGUAUGAGUGUCUCUUCGGAAAAGCUCCAUAUUCCAGCAGCAGCCUCGAAGAGCUAGCUGAGAAAAUCAAAAGUUGUAAACCAAUUGAGAUCCCCAAGGGUUGCUAUGUAUCCCCCGAAUGUAAAAAUCUACUCAUGUCUCUACUGAAACAUGACCCAAACGAAAGACUGAGUUUCGACGAUUUUUUUGCCCACGAAUUUUUGGAUCUUGCCUACGCACCCAUUGAGGAGAAUAACGAAAAAGCUAUAACUUUGAUCCAAAGUGCCGUAAAAGCCGACACCGAAGGGAACAUCCAAGAGGCCUUUCAUCUCUACUGCGAAGCCUUGAGAUACUUUAUCCCCCAACUAACAAAUGAAGCAGAUCACAACAAAAAAAAGCAUUUGAGAAUGCGCGUUAACGAGUACAUAAAUCGGGCCGAAAAGCUCAAGCUCAUGUGCAUGGAAAGCUCCAGCCUCACUGAGUCGAAUUCUCAAAAUAAUGAUAAGUUGCGACAGUUGUGUAGUACCGGGAGGAGAGGAAUACUUCAGAGCACUUCAUUGCCUUAUCAAGAAUUACGCAUUUUGAGUAAAAGCACAACAGACAUGGCGUCGGCCCUAGAAAUGGGUGAAGUGGGUGAGCAAUAUCUCGCCGAAAGAAAUUACGAUUUAGCCCUAGAAAAGCUCAAGGCCUGUUUAGGAAUGCUCGUACCCCUGAUCAAUAAAGAGCCCCCUGGAAGACGGAGAGAGCUUCUCAAUCAACAGAUACAAAUAUGGAUGAAGCAAGCGGAGAGUACAAAAGGCCUGUUGGCAACCAAAGCAGUGAAUGAUUCUCCAAGAGAAUCCAAGCACCCUCAGGAUCAGUGUCUACUUCAGUAACUAGUACUAAAAAAUUAACGGAUGUGAAUAAAUUGUUCAAUUAUGGAAAAACCAUCGCCUUAAAAUUCAACGUAUGAUUUACUUUUGUAACAUAAAACGAA